AACUGGCAGUCAGAUACUUCGGGUGAACGGCAAAAAAGAAGACCGAGAAUUUUUCUAUUCGGGUUUUUUUUUUUGGCCGGAUAACUGAUUGUUUCUGCCUGAAUGCAAAGAGACUUCCAGUUCGGGAACAAGUUUAACCAGCUUCCAAUCCUGUUACAGUCGUGGUAACCAAGUAAGAUGUGCGCACAUAGACGGUUCAUCUAAUGGCAAAAGGCCAAAUCACAAACACUGCAUUUAAUUACAAUCGAUUCGCAUUAGAUAUGGAUUCUCGAUAUGGUCACAGCUUCUCGGGCGGCAACGGAAACGGCAGCGAAUCGGGCUACAGACGCUACAGUCGCUCCCGAUCCCGAUCCAGGGAACGAAGUCGGGACCGCAAUGAGUACAGACGUCGCAACUCCCGUUCGCGCAGUCGGGAGCGGUCCUCACACUAUAGAAACGACCGCAGUCCGGAUCGCGAUCUGUACCGCGACCUGAUCAACGAGGAUUACGAGGAUCAGGGAAACUACAACUCGAGACAGAACCUUGACCAGCGCCACGGCGAGGACAAAUACGAUCGUCGGCAUGCUGAUAGCCAGGGUCGCAGGGAUCACGAUAGCAACUACGACAAGAGUGGCCAGGAUAUGGAUAAGGACCGCGAUCACCGCUGGAAAAACUACGAUCGCGUUUCGAGAGAGCGCAACCAUGAUGACUUCGAUCGGGGAUCGGAGCGCAGCAGCCGCAGCAAUGACCAGCGGCAGUUCAAUAAUAAUGGAAAUAGUAACUCCAGCAGCAGUUACAGAGAUCGCGAGAAGGAGCGCGAUCGAGAUAGACGGUGUUCCUCGGACGAGGACAGCGACAUGGCCAGCGAAUUCAGGCAGAGAGGUGCCUACAACAGUGGCAGCAGCGUUGAGCCCUUGAACAACAUAAUCCUCUUCGGUCUGAAGAAGCACGUCACGGAAGCAGACAUCAUGGGCGAGCUGAUCAAGGUCGACCUGGAGCCCACAUCCAUUCGCGUGAUGAGGAAGCAACAAACAGGUGGGUUACAUUUCCGUGUGUUACAUUCGAUUUAAAGUGAAAUUGUAGAGAAAGCGUGAGUAUUGCGUGCCCAGCAACAUGUUCGAUGUAGGACUUAUAGCAAUUUCAAUUAUACUUGGCUUCGACAUCAGCAAAAACAUAUAGAAAACUACAAACCGAAACAAAAACACAAUCCCCAAAAAUGACACAAUGCUAAUGAUACAACCAACAUUUUUUGACCAAACAUUUUCGUAUCUACUUCUAUCUAAAAUUUAGGUGCCUCACGCUGUUUUGCAUUUGUCGAGUUUAAAACCGUUGAGGAGGCGACUCGUUGGAUGGAGUUAACCCAGGUAUCCCUAAAAACCACAAGAAUCUUGAAUCUUCUCGUAUCCGCCAAAAUAGAAAUGACGGCAAGAUCCGAUAGCUUGGCAUCAACUGUUGAAAAAUGUGUGCCUUGAGUUCAAUUCUGCUGGUGGGCUGCCUGUCCCUUCCAUUUUUCUGUCUUAGAUCAGGGAACUGAACUCAAAGGCGGAAUCGAAUCUUACGUAAAGGAAGCAACCAGCAUCUGCGUGAUGUCGAAAAACACAGAUGCAAUCUUGGUGACUGUGUAGUCUGUGAACGAUUUGCCUGAUCAGCAGUUUCAGUUACUAAUUCCAAUUUUACCUCUUCUAUUUUUCCGUUCAGGGAGUCCUCCAACUGGGCGAUCAUCGUGUCACCAUGCAGUAUAGUCACACUCGCAUCUCAGACUGGACUUGCAUUAAGUGUGGUGCCAGCAACUUUAAGCGCCGCUUCCAAUGCUACAUGUGCAAUGCGUCGCGGGCGGAGAGCGAGAAUGCUCUUUACGGAGCCGGCGAGGGCGUCGACGAGAUCAGCCAAAUCCUCACAAAAAGUAUAUCCACCAUGAGCAAUAUCUUUCAAUGCCGUUUCCUAGCUAAUCAGCUAAAUACCCCACUAACCUGCCACGCUUUCCCCAUGCAGAGAUCAUGCUUCGCGGCUUGGACGCGCUGACAAACGAGGAGGGCGUGCUAACUGCCCUUCAGCAGCGCCUGCCCGAACUGGCCAAAACAGUCAGCAAGGUGCUGGUCAGUCGCGACGCCCUAACCAAUGCAUCUCGGGGCAUUUGCUACCUCAAUUUUGACACACUCAUUGAUUCUAUGAACGUGUUCAACGGGCUGACGGCGUUGGAUCCGCCACUCACUCUGGACGACAAAACAGUUAUCGUCACCUACUGCAUUGACUCCGAAAACCGUCAAAUGAUGCCAGCCGAAGGCAACUUUUUUAGAGCAGGUGAAACAGCGAUGUCUCCGUCGGCCAUUACGGCGGCCUACACUUUGGCGGAUGUGCCUCGUCUUGCGGAGUACAGUGCAUCCGUGUAUGCCUCGAAUCCGUUGGAGCAUGCUAACUACGUCCAGUACUAUACGGAUUAUUACACGACUGAAAUAAGCAAGAACUGCAGAGAUCGUCAAGUGACGGAGGCCAACUCCGGCGCUGCCGUUGCUCUCUCGGCCAUCCAGCGCAAGCAACGGAAGGUCAGCCAGAUGGAGACCACGGUUUCGGUGACAGAGGCGAAGGUCGCCUUCCUUGCCAGGGGUGAAAGUGCUCCCAAGGGGAAUGAUGGCAAGAAAUACGAUACUCCCGAUGUGUCCAAGUACCAGUACGACGAGACCUCCGGCUACUACUACGACCACGUUACAGGACUCUACUAUGAUGCCCACUCGCAGUACUACUACAACAACGAGACGGGCGCGUAUUUGUACUGGGAUCAGAAGCGGAGCACCUAUGUGCUGGCCACACCCGCUUCCACUCAGGCAGCCCUCAAGGAAGUAUUAGCCGAUGCCGAGAAAAAGGAGGAGGAGGCCAAAAAGGCAAAGGAGAAGGAAAAAGAAAAGGAGGAAGCUGGGGGGAAGCCCGACAAGGUGAAGGUGGCCAAGAAGAUCGUCAAGGACAUGGAGAAGUGGGCCAAGCAGCUAAACCAAAAAAAGGACUACACAGCAGUGGCAACGCCGCAGCCUAUCCUGUCGGAUACUGAGGCGGCCACCACCUCCCGUGCUUCCCAAGGGGCAUAUGCUGAUGUGGGAUUCUCAAUCCUUGAGAAGAAGGAGCUUGGCAAGCUCAACGACUAUGUACCGGAGGCAGGACCUCCAGCGAUAAGCAAAUUGGUUGGUGCUUAUGGAGGACCUUCUGACUCGGAAGAUGAUAAUAGUGCCAAUCAGAAAGCACUUGAAGCUAGCGUUGGGACUAAACGAGCCAUUAGCGAUGAAUCUGACUACGUGGACUUCCAAAAACUUACUUGCCUGCUCUGCAUGCGUGCCUUCCAAUCGCUGGACAUCUUGCAGAAGCAUUUGAAAAUGUCGAAUCUACACAAGGAGAAUCUGGACAAGCUUAAACGGAAUCCCGCAGUUGAGGCUGGCACGGAUGAGGGUCUAUCCUAUCGUGAUCGUGCCAAGGAACGCAGGCUGAAGUACGGUGAGAGCGAUCCUCCUCCACCAAAUAGGAGCCGGGAGCGUUUCGAGCAAGAGAUAAAGACUUUGCAGUCGCGCCAGAAGGAUUCUUUUGGCGCCACUGCAGCCAUGCCCAUCAGUUCGACCAACGUGGGCAGCCGCCUGAUGCAGAAGAUGGGCUGGUCGGAGGGCCAGGGACUGGGCAAAAAGAACCAGGGACGCACCGAGAUCAUAGAGGCUGAUGGUCGUUCUAACAACGUGGGGCUGGGCAACAACACUGGCCAUAUGGCGCCUGGGAACGACUACAAAUCCUACAUCAAAAAGAUGAUGAAGCAGCGUUAUGAGAACGCCUGAGACUCUUCUUAAAGUGUAUGAUUUUAUUCCGCUUGAAUAUAGGGGCAUUUAAGCAUUGUUGUUUACCUCGAUUACACUUCCUCCACCUUGUCGCGUUCAUUUAGCAUUAGUUGCGAAGUUCAAAUUGUAAAUAGUUCGUAAAUACAGUCUCAAAUUAGGUUUAAAUUU